UAUUUAUAUUCUUAUUUUAAGGUAAUGAUGUUGGGAGGAGUUCAUAUGGUGCCAUGCAAGUGAAACAGGCUUUUGAUUAUGCCUAUGUUGUUUUGAGCCAUGCAGUUUCCCCAAUAGCUAAAUAUUAUCCCAACAACGAAACUGAAAGUAUAUUAGGUAGAAUCAUUAGAGUAACACAAGAAGUGGCCACCUACAGAGACUGGAUAUCAAAGCAGUGGGGAAUGCAAAGUAGGACUGAGUCUUCAUGUAAUGGUAAUGGAGUAACCCUGAUAGUAGAUAAUCAGCAACUAGAUAAAUGCAACAACAAUCUCGCUGAAGAGAAUGAAGCACUGGGAAAACCUAGAAAUAAAACUUCAGAAACACUUAGUAAACAUUCUUCAAAUUCUUCAUCAGGUCCCUUAUCAUCGUCAUCAUCUACACUGUCCAGCUCUAGUGAUGUAGAUUCUGAUGGAACACCUUGUAAAACCUCUAAGCAAUUGAGUUGUCGCCAGCCUACAACAAACAGAGUGGGGUCACAAGAAGUAUCACUGGAAUCCUCCCAGUCAAGUGGGAAAACACAAAACAGCCAAACAGGCAAUACAUCCAGCAACACGAACAAAUCUCAGCAUGGAUCUGCACGGUUAUUUCGCUCGUCUAACAAAGGCUUCCAAGGUCCAGCAAACUCGAGCCACGGUACCUCAGUCACAAACAAACAACAUCAAGGCAGCAAAUCACACCAUCAGUAUUUCCAUGGCAAAAAGAGGAAACACAAGAGGGAUGCAGCCCUUUCAGACCUUUGUAGAUAGUUGCCUAUUUUAUGACUGUUCUUCUGUGUGCAAUGAUCUCAUGCUACAGGAUAGUUUGAUAGUGACUCCUUGGAUCUCUUCCGGAGCUUCAGACUGUUCGGACAUUGAUUAGCAACUGCAUUUUUUUUUCCCAGCUCGCCACGGAACGGAUCAUGAAGAUUGAUCACUGCAAAAAUAAAAAAUAUUAAUAAAAAAAAA